UCGCGCAGCAGCACCUGAUUGCAAUGGGGUCCGAAGGGAUGGCUGUGUUUUUCGUCCUGUUUUUCUGUCACGUUGUUUGCAAGGUUCAAGAGACGGCAUCGCGCUCUGUACACAAUUCUGACCGUAAUCCCGAACUGCCAAGUGAUAACGUAAGGUUGGGUGUCUACGCUGUAGUUGACGAUAGCAUUGGGAACAAAAGUGCCACUCUUGAAGAUUACAAGUUCUACGUGGCAGGGUUAGUGGCCGGGGUAAACAUCAAUCUGAUGGAGCUUUCACAACCCAUCAUCAGGUUAGGACUCCUUGGCGUUUAUAAUUUGACGGAAGAGCAAAAGAAACGGAUGUCUCCAAAUCAAAAAAUUGAUUUGAACGGUACUUGGGCUGUGAUACAGGAGAUUAAAGAAGAGAAGCUACGCGCAAAUGAAUCCGACAUCAUUUACGUGUUCACCAAGAACACCAUCACUUCAGGUGGGGUAGAUGUACAAGGCACCGCUUCGGUACGAGGUGCUUGCACAGAAGAUAAUAUUGCCGUUGGAAAUGAUCACCUCUGGUCCUACGGCGGUUUCAAGAUUUUCCUUCGGAAUAUUGCCGCGCUAUUGGGUGGCCUGUCUUUCGAAUGCGAUGCAAACAGCAACAACUUUUUCGAUGAAUGCCGCAAGAAACAUAUGAUGUCCCACUUGAGGAAACUGUGGCCGUACUGCUACGGUCAUUCGACACAAUCGCCAUGGAUUCUCUCCAGCAACAUUCCAGGCGACCGAAUCGAGAAGAAUGACUUCUGCGAAUUUAAGAUGUCCCGUAAAGGCGCUAAAGAGUGUACACAGCAAAAUAUACCAAUGGCAAAUAAUACUGAUCAACCUUGUGAAAUAGAGUGCUGUCUACCUGGAGAAGGCAAGGGUGGAAAUAACAGGACGUACGUGUUGCCCGUCGGCUCAACAUGUCGUACUGCAAACUAUGACGUUUACAGACGUUCCUGCUACAAGAAGGAGUGUAAGGGGCGGCUCCCUCUACAACUGAACGCCUCCCCGGGUGAUUCGAGACGUUAUCCGCUCAAUUUCACAUGGCUUCCUACAGUCUAAAAACAGCACUUGGCCUCAUGGCAGGUUCAGAACUGCCUGCCAUUUGUAAUAAUAGUGAGUAUAUCGUACGCUAUCGCCUUUGCUUACGUAAGGAUUAGCUCUGGUGGUUCUGCGCACGCGCGAGUUUUGCGAGUUACCCCUUCCGUACACAAAGGCGACAGCGUACGAUAUACUAAAACUCACUAUUGUCAUUAUCUCUCUCGGUUUGAUGAAAAUUACACGCUUUCGCUUUUUCGUGGCAUAUUCGUCAUAUGUUAUUUGUCACGAAAAGGCGUACAGCCCGCGCUCUUCUGAGAUCAUAAGCUUUAACUUAAUCAUUUUUCAUCUAACUUGCGCAGGGCAUGUUACG